CACCAUUAAAAAAUAGAUUGAUAAUGUUCCUUGACCAAUUAAGAUCAUAUGAUGGAUCUUACUUAUUGACAUGGAAAGAGAUCACUGAUAAACAUUUUAACAAAAAAAAAUAUUCAAGGAAACCAAAAUGGAUGGAAUCAUUGGAAACUGCAGUUCUUUUAAAUACUAAUUCACGAAAACUAAAACCUCAAUGGACAAGUAUGACAAACAAUAUGCAGGAGAUACAAAUCCCAUUAAUGAACAAUAGGAAAAAAGAAUGGAUUGGUGCAUGGCCAACAUGUGGAUCUGAACUUGUAUUAGGAAGAAUAGAAAAAAAAUCAAAAAAUAACAAAAUAAGGAUAGAACAUUGGAAUCACCUCAUUCAAAAUAUAGGAAUUACCCCUACAUCAAACCCUCCUAUAUUAAUACAAUGCCAUGGAUGUAAAUACUCCAUACCACAAGAAAUUCAAAAUAGUGGUAAUUGUCAUUUUUGGUGUGAAUCAAACUCUGCUAUUGUAGUAACAACAUAUAAGAAGAGAUAUCUAAAUACAAAUGAUGAACAAAUUACACUAAAUAGCUCAAUAUUUGAGAUUAAACAAAAAGUUAUAGCUAGAAUAAACAAUAAUAGUGAUUUAAAUUAUACAAUACCAAGACAAAAUAUUACAAUGCUAAAUGAUGAUUUUAAUAUAACUGAAAAUAGCUUUAUAAAUCAAUAUAUUAUUGAUAAAGAAAUACGUGACAAGUUAACUGAACUUGAAAUACAAUUUUUUUAUGAAAUGGAUUUUACUUUCUAUACAGAUGGAUCAAUGAAAAUUAAUGAUGAUACAUCAGUGAAUAUGGAUAUAGGAUGGGUUAGAAGGCUCAACAAUGAAAUUACUCAUUUUUUUAAUGCAGGAAUGGGAAACUGGCCAUCAUCAAAUAAAGCAGAAACCAUAUCAAUAUUAACAACAUUACUUGUA